CAUCUUCAUUGCUUUGUAAUGGUAUAAAAAAGGCGAAYAAUCUCAGUCUGUUACUACGUUCAACUUCACUUGCAACCAGAUCGUCUUCCUUAAGUGCAAAAUGGGAGUUUUYAAACUUUUAACUCUCCUGGCGAUGAUUGUCAUUGCUUCUUCAAGGAGUUUGGAGGAAAAGAAAGGAGGGCGUCAUUCCACGAUGGUGGGGCAUAGAGGCCUUAACAGGUCAAAACGKUCUUUGUGGGAAUUCUGGAAAAUGAUCAGUUGUGAGACUGGUCGUAGCUGGACAGACUUCAAUGGUUAUGGGUGUUGGUGUGGUAAAGGUGGCGGUGGAAAAAUAGUUGAUGAUCUUGACAGGUGCUGUUAUGUUCAUGAUAAUUGCUACAGUAAAGCUCAAGAGUCUGGGAAAUGUUCUUCAUGGAAUGGAGAGAUAUAUUGGAACACUUAUCAUAUGACGGGCUGCUCAGAUUGUGUGAAAGAAAAGAACGYCGCGUGCGAACAAGCCCUCUGUGAAUGCGACCGAGAUGCUGCAAGAUGUUUUGCGGCCAGUCCUUGGGAUGCACAGUACGAUGACUACCCACAAAGUCAAUGCACGUGAUCUUAUCGUUACUAUGGAUACACAUAAUGAAUUGGAUUAAACAAUGACYUGUUAUAAUUAUUCCCUUGAAUAGAAAAUAAA